CUGGAUCCUGUGCUGAUUUAAAACGUCCCAAAGGAGACGAAAUCAGCUUUGACGUGUCCAGCAAUGGAUCUGACAUUGGUUUCUAAUAUACUUUUUAAUAUACGGUAUAUUACUUAACCAUCUCUCGUCAUACACCCCGGUGUUGACGCUGGUAUGGCUUCCGAGGCAGCCUCUGUGGCGGGCUCUGGGGCGGGCUCUGGACCUUCUCGCCGGCUUCCUAGAUCUAAAGUUGGCUGUCUCACAUGUCGUCGUCGGAGAGUGAGAUGUAAUGAGCAAAAGCCUCGAUGCUCACACUGCGAGCGGCUGAAUCUAGAAUGUCUCUGGAGACCAAUUGCGCCACUCUCAGCUAACCAGCGGCAACAUACACCACAAACUGCCACAGACCAAAGGACUUUGCCCUACUCCGAUGUUGGACAAUCUACUGAAACUCCGAACGCCUUUGUUCGGAAUAAUAAUAACUUCGCUACAGUCAAUAGUGAUUUUAACGAUACUUUCAGCUAUGCUAACUUCAUGUGGGAUCACGAGCUGCAGAGGAGCAUGGUCCAGGACAGUUGGAAUGACUGGGGCAUUUCGAGUGCAAGCGGUGUUACAGAAGGCAUCAUGGCUGAGGCAUCAAGGCCGAUGGAACAGUCAUCCACCUUCUCAAAUCGUCCCAACUUCAAUCACGAGAGGAUUAUCCCUGAUAUAGGCCCUGCGCGUGCUGAAACAAAUCUAGUCAUGGCAUGGAAUGACUCAGGAGGCGAUGAAGACACUUCUGAGGAGGAUAUCUUGAAGGAUUAUUUCGCCCAAACAGUCGUCCCGCCAAUUAUUGCGCAAGUGGAGACCCAGUCGAAGUGGUCAUCCACGCGUCAAAUACUUAUCACUAUGUCAACGAACUCUAGCAUGGUCCACAAUGCAAUCUUGGCCUUCUCAGACCUUCUCAUGAAGAGAACUCAAACCGCCCACAAUUUAAGUCGCCAUCGGUAUUACAAACGUGCUAAAGCUGAACUAUUAAGGGCACGUAAAGAGCAGUUGCUUGGGAAGGAUGCUGCAUCGCCAGCUUCGUUUGAUGAGAUGCUUGCAGUCCUGUUCUUUCUUAGCUAUAUUGAUCUGCUGGAGAGCAGAGUAGCCAAUGCCCACGAUAAUCUUAAAGAAGCCUAUAGUAUCUUCCAGCAGAUUGGCAAUGUUCAGUCUCGAACGGUCACUAGGCGCCUCAUUUCUUGGAUACGUCUCCUAGAUGCAAGGGCCGCUACUACUGGUGGCGAGGGGCUUUUUCUCGCAGAAGAUAACGAUGUCCUUACACAGCCUUCACCCUCAUUCACCGACGGUCUAGAAGCAGGAAGCAACAGCAGUAAUCACGAAGCUCUGGGUGAGACUGACAUCGAGGAUGUUCUUUUUGAAUCCCUCUAUCAACCUGGCUUUGUCUUCUUCCAAAAAAUACAAUCUUUCAUGGGUCGUAUUUCAAAUAUCGACCCUUGGCAUCGUUCAAGAGGGACCGUAGCAGAUGAGACAGAGGUGAUGAGAGUUGCUGAUAAGAUUUCCCAUGACCUUGGGACGCUAUGGGAAGCUCGCCCACCACUUAUGGACUAUACGUUAACAGGACAACUGGCUGCACCACACGUCUCAGCAAGCUUGGCCUACACCUUGACACGAACAUUUCGGACAUUCUUUGCUAACUACCAUGCGUCUCAUAUUCACCUCCACCGUGUGGCAUAUAAACACCUUCCGCUAUCUCCACAAACAUUAAAAUCCAUCGCCAAUAUUCGAAAUACAGCGCAUGACAUGGUCCAGCUACAACCUGUAGCACAGGAUCCUUCCCGGGAUAUGCUUCCUGUUAAUAUGCUAUGGCCUUUGCUCAUGUGGGGCUGCGAAGAAGACGACCCGGAGGAGAGAUUAUGGAUUACAACGCAAAUAAAAACGAUGGAGACGGUGGCCACGAAUGCGAAUAUCACAGCUCAGGUGCUUAAUGAGGUACAGGCGAGGCAAGACGCACAGAGGCAGAGGAUCGAUGUGCGAACUGUCAUGCACGAGAUAUUCGAUUCGUGCUUUGCUAUUGUUUAAAUAGCUUGUGUGUUUUACGAUGACACAAUACCAGAAGUAUUAGAAAUGGAAGAGACACCAGUACAACACACCUGUACAACUAGCAGUGUUGUUUGUACUUUAUCAAGCUCUAUAUUUCCAGUACAACUCUCAUAUGGGGCCAACUUCAUCUGCCCAAGGGAUUGCCACCUGCGCCCCUCUCUUGCCAACUGUUUUUGCAGCGGCGGCAUUUGCCUUUCGCACUGCAACAUCGAUGUCGAAAUCCACCUUCACUGCCUCCAGCGCAUACGCUCCAACAAACGUAUCUCCCGCCGCAGUCGUGUCCACGACCUCGACUUUCUUUGCUUUGACAAAUCCGGAGAGGCCUGCGUCCUGGGAGUAGAAUACCCCUUGGCUUCCUAGCGUGAUCACUACGUUGUGUACGCCUCUGGAGUGAAAAACUCGUGCAGCUAUCGGCAAAAGACUAUCGUUUUUGAUCUGCUCAACGCUGUAACCUGAUAAGAUUGAUGCCUCUGUCUCAUUCAGGAUCAAGUGCCGUAAAUUGGCGUAUGCCUCUGCUGGAAGCUCGAUUGCGGGGGCGGGGUUGAGUAGGAUCUCAAUGCCUGCUUCACGUGCUGCCUUCAGGAUCUGCAGUGUUGUCUGAAGCGGUAUCUCGAGUUGGAGAAUUAAUAGCGAUGGUUUUGGAUUGGGGAUCGUGACAAAUAGUGAUGGUGAGAGAGAGUAGUUUGCUCCACCGUUAAGAAGAAUUCGAUUCUCGCCUGUUGAUUCUUCGACAAGAAUAAUUGCCACUCCCGUUUCAAUUUCGGUUUGUAUCGUGAUGCCGGAUAUAUCGACGCCGCUAGCGCGCAGGUUGUUUAGUAGAAGCUGCCCAUGCUGGUCGUUUCCUACUGCGCCAAUCAUGCGGAUGUCUGCUGAGCCAUUGUUUACAUCAUUCCUUGUUCUCGACAGCUUUGCACAUGCCGCUGCUUGGUUACCGCCCUUUCCUCCUGCGCCAGUCUUGACUGAUCUGGCAUGAAGUGUUUCGCCGCCGCUAGGUAUCCUCGAAGUAUAGGUUGUUAUGUCUGCAUUAAGAGAGCCAAUGAUAGUGAUGAGUCUAAGGGGAAGAAGAGAUUCAUGGCUCGCCAUGUUUUUAUAGUGUAACAGAGAG